AUGCCUUCUGUAGAGUUGCCCACGAGUGAGCAACAGCCUGACGGCCAGUUUUUUGGUGGCAAUGCCCAAGCUCGUCCUCGUCUGCUGCAACCGUUGCGGUACACUGGCACAUUGGACAAAUUCACCAACCAAGAUAUUACCCCAGUGAUUGGGCGCGAGUACGAAGGCCUCCAAGUCAGAGAUCUCCUCAAAUGGGGCGAUGAUAUGAUAAGGGAUCUUGCUGUUACGAUCUCUGAGCGUGGUGUCGUCUUCCUGCGCGACCAAGACGUCACUCCCACAGAAAUGAAGGAUCUGAUGCUGAGAAUAACAGAGCUGGCUGGCUGUCCCGAGUCAUCUGGCCUUCAUGUACAUCCUCUGACGGAGGAGGGCAGCGAGCUUGGUGACCAGAUCUCUGUCAUCAGUAGUGAGAAGCAGAAGAAGGGGGGCGGCCUCACGCACCAGCUCUCAGACGUGAGCAGGCUCGCUUCUGCAGGUUGGCACAGCGACAUUACUUUUGAGCCAGUGCCCUCAGACUAUGCAAUGCUCAAGAUUCACACGCUGCCGCCUACGGGCGGUGACACCCUCUGGGCUUCAGGUUACGAAAUUUAUGACAGGCUGUCCCCCCCAAUGCAGAAGAUGCUCGAGGGCUUGACAGCCACACAUGAUGCCAAAUUCUUCCUCGAGGAGGCUGAGAGGUUAGGCAACCCAUUGAGGAAAGGCAUCAGGGGGAAUCCUCUGAACCAGGGUGAUGGACUGAUAGCGGUGCACCCGGUCGUCCGCACAAAUCCUGUGACGGGCUGGAAAUCUGUCUAUGUCAACAGAGGAUUCACCAAACGCAUCAACGGCGUCACCAAGGACGAAUCCGACGUACUACUUAACUACCUUUUCAACCUCGUCACGCAAAAUCACGAUGCGCAGGUCCGAUUCAGGUGGCGGAAAAAUGACCUGGCAAUAUGGGAUAACAGGAGCAUGUGGCACUGCGCUACCUACGACUAUGUCGAGGCUCGUGCAGGUGACCGAGUGUGCUCUCUGGGAGAGGCUCCAUAUCUAGACCUAGCCUCCAAGGGCAGGCGGGAGGACCUUGGGCUCCUGUAA